GCUAUGGCGGUUUGUAUCCUGAGAUCUUCCAGACCUCACCGGUGGAGGAUCCGGCAAAACUUCAAACAAUGCUGUUUGCCCUGCAAUAUUCUGUGGCCCGAACAUGGAUAGAUAGUGGUGUGAAAGUUGCGGCCGUCGUGGGUCACAGCUUUGGUGAACUGGUAGCGUUGUGUAUUUCCGGCGUCUUGAACUUCGAGGAUGCUCUUCGUGCCAUUGCGACGCGAGCUGAACUUUUGCAAAAGCUAUGGGGCCAGGAGCGCGGGGCGAUGAUGGCUAUUGAAGGCGAUCUGAAUUUGGUUGAAAAGUUGCUGGCUGCUGCGCAUCAGCUCACCCCAGCCGAGAAUGCUGCCACAAUUGCUUGCUAUAAUGGGCCUCAGAGCUUCACUUUGGCAGGAUCAAGCAAGGCCAUUGAUGCCGUCUCGGAAACCGUCUCCAGACACCCGGACUUUGCCUCAAUACGCACACGGAGACUGAAUGUCACUCACGCUUUCCAUUCUACGCUUGUUGAGGAGCCUCUUUUGCAGGAACUGAGAAAGCUCGGGCAAAGCAUCACCUUCUCGCAAGCCACGAUUCCAAUGGAAAGGGCAACUGAGACGGCUAAUGAGCCUCUAGCAUCCAGCUUCUUCGCACAUCACAUGCGCAGUCCGGUCUAUUUCGACCAUGCAAUUCAGCGACUGGCGAAGAAAUACCCCUCUGCCAUAUUCUUGGAGGCAGGCUCCAACUCGACCAUCACAGGUAUGGCGCGUCGGGCCCUUGGGGUGCCGCCCGAGUCUCACUUUCAAGCCGUGAAUAUUACCAAUGGGGCUCAAGGCCUGAACAACCUCACUGACAUGACCACCUGCCUUUGGAAAGAGGGCGUGAGUGUUACCUACUGGCCGCAUCACAGAUCACAGACCUAUGAGUAUGGUCCUAUACUAAUGCCAGUCUAUCAAUUUGAACGAAGCAAACACUGGCUCGACGUGAAGAUACCGCAAGAGAAGGUGUCCAACAUAACUGAGAAAAUUCCAGACGAGCCUGCUCCCGAGUGUCUUUACACAUUUGUUGGAUACCAGGACCCCAAGCAGCGUGUGGCUCGGUUUCGGAUCAACUCAGCAACUCAAAUGUUCCGAGACCAUCUCAAGGGUCACACAAUCGCACAAACUGCCCCCAUUUGUCCUAUGACGCUGGAAGUCGAUAUGGCUAUUGAGGCCCUGGGGAGCUUGCAGCCGGCUCUCCGAGACCCGAAGCAUAUUCCUCGAGUCCACAAUAUUCAGAGCAAAUCCCCGUUAUGCGACGACCCUUCUAGAGCAGUGUGGCUUGACUUGAAAGAAGGCGAGGGAAGUGCCCGUGGUACCGCUUGGGAAUUUUGCCUGGCAAGCUCGGGCGGGUCCGGCUCCGCAAAUACUGUGCACGUCUCAGGAGAGAUCACAUUUGGCUUAACUGAAAGCCCCGAGGCCCUUGCCGAGUUCUCUCGAUAUGGGCGCCUCAUUGGUAACCAUCAGCGCUGUCUAAAAAUUCUCAAUUCAUCCGAUGCAGACGACAUUAUCCAAGGACGGAAUAUCUACCGGGCGUUCUCUGAAGUUGUGGAUUAUGGUGUUGAGUAUCAAGGCCUCCAGAAGCUGGUCGGCAAGGGCAACGAAUCGGCUGGCCGUGUGCUCAGGAAGCAUGCCGGAGAGAGCUGGCUCGAUAUGCAUCUUUCGGAUUGCUUCGCCCAGGUGGGUGGAAUCUGGGUAAAUUGCAUGACAGACUUGCAUCCUAGCGAGAUGUAUAUCGCAAAUGGACUAGAACGCUGGCUUAGAUCUCCCAAGAUGGGAUCCAGGUAUAGCCAGAUCGAAGCAUGGGAUGUCAUCGCCCGCCAUCAUCACCUUGAGGACGAGAAGGCGUAUAUGACUGAUGUCUUCGUCUUCGACUCCGCCACGGGUGAGCUGGCAGAGAUCAUGCUGGGCAUCAAGUAUACCAGGGUCUCGAAACAAGCAAUGAGUCGGAUGUUGACUAGACUGACUCCUCGUUUGGCGAACAAAGCCUCGACGCCGUUAGAUAUGGCUCCCCCGGUUACUUCCGACAUCCACACCGUCAGUGCAGCAAACCCGGCGAAGAUCAGUCCGGCACCUAAGCCCCAAAUGCUGGUCGAUCUCCCUUCCUCAGAUAUAGAUAUAUCAAGAGGAGUCAAGGCGGUACUGGCAGAACUGUCUGGCCUUGACACUGUUGACAUUAAAGACAGCACCCAGCUCUGCGACAUCGGCAUCGACUCACUCAUGAGCAUGGAGAUGGGUCAGGACUUGGAGCAAAGGUUUCACUGUUCGAUUCCAAUGUAUGACCUGGCGGAUCUCACAACUGUGCGUAGCCUGGUUGACUACAUCCGUGGCACUGUUACAGUCAUUUCUUCUGAGGAUGAUCACUCAUCGUCGGCGGAGUCGGUCAGCGACGUGUUUUCCGACUCUGCAACUACUGUAUCCAGCGACCUGGAUGUCUCAAUAGCCGGUGGACUUGGCGCUUUUCUUGCCGAGUUUCUGGGUGUAGCUGAGCACGAAAUCAGGAAUGAUGUUCCACUCGGAGAACUUGGAGUCGAUUCGCUUCUCUCCAUGGAGCUGUCCGCUGACCUGGAGUCCAAAUUCGGCCUACACUUUCCCCAUGGACAGAUUCUACAGGAGCUUACGGUCACAGACAUUGAGCGUAGGAUGAACAAGUCACUACCCACAACUCCGGGGUUUUCUACCCCUAGCGAGCUCGCAAGCCCCACUCCAGCCCCAGAGACCGCAAAGUCCUAUUUUCCGGAUCGAGACCUCCAGUUGCCGUCCGAAGCUGUCAUGGACGCCUUCACUGAAGUCAAAGAUCUUACGGACGAAUACAUUGCUGAAUUCAAUGGCUUAAAUUACAUGCAAACUAUCAAUCCUGCCUUGGUGCAGAUGUGUGUCGCCUUGAUAGUUGAGGCUUUCGAGCAGCUUGGGUGCUCUUUACGCGCUGCCGUUCAUGGUCAGGCCUUGCCACGAAUUGAAUACCUACCCAAGCAUGAACGUCUGGUUGAGUAUAUCUACCAGGUUCUGCAGAACGAGGGUAAAUUGGUCAGAGUGGAAGGCAAUACGAUCAUUCGAACACACGCACCCGCCCCUGUCGAGUCCAGUGAGAUUAUUUUAAAAAGACUAAUUCAGGAUUAUCCUGAUCAUACCAAGGCCCACCAGCUAGCCUAUUUCACAGGCAGGAGACUGGCCGAUGUGCUCAGCGGAAAGGCGGAUGGUCUUCGGCUGAUCUUUGGCAACGAAGAAGGUCGCCAAUUAGUGUCUAGUCUCUACGGGGACUUUUUGUUUAACAAAUUGCACUACAAAAUGAUGGAUUCUUUUCUUCAGCGGCUGAUCGAAAGACUUCCUUCCAGUGAAGGACCCCUGAAAAUCAUGGAGAUGGGUGCUGGAACGGGAGGCACCACCAAGCAGCUUGUGCCGGCUUUGGCCCGUCUGAAUAUUCCGGUUGAAUAUACCUUUACCGACAUCUCGCCAUUGUUUCUUGCCAGCGCCCGCAAGGAAUUCAAGCAGUAUUCGUUCAUGAAGUUUCGGGUUCAUGAUAUUGAGAAAGCUCCCGCCGAUGAUCUGCUAAGCAGUCAACAUAUCAUCAUCGCGAGCAACGCUGUGCAUGCUACUCGCAGCUUGACGGAGUCGACCAAGAACAUUCGGAAGGCCCUGCGGCCCGAUGGCUUUCUUAUGAUGCUGGAGAUGACGCAGCCUCUUAUUUGGAUCGAUAUGAUCUUUGGUCUAUUGGAAGGAUGGUGGCUGUUUGAUGACGGUCGGCGCCACGCGGUAGCCGAUCCUGUCCGAUGGGAGACUGCCCUCCACGCUGCGGGGUAUGGCCAGGUAAACUGGACGGACGGAAAAUGCCCUGAGGUCGGAAUCGAGCGCAUCGUGGUCGCGAUGGCUUCCCAAGGGCCAAGGUAUGAACACCGCCACUGUUCCUUGCCUCAACCUCGAAGCCCACCUGCUGACGCCGACUCGGUGACCCGACAGGCAGUAGUGGAUAAUUACAUUCAGCAAUAUACUCAGGGCUUCAGCGCUAAAGUUCCCGAAGCAUCAACGAAGAAGCCUUCAUCUGGGGCCGUGAUGCUUGUGACUGGGGCCACCGGGGGUCUAGGCUGUCAGCUGGUUAGCCAUCUCGCACAUCAUUCCGACGUCGCUACUGUGAUUUGCCUUAAUCGCCCCGCCCGCAACAGCAAGACACCAUCAGAGCGCCAGCACGAAGCCCUAUCCAUGCGGGGGAUCACAAUGGGCGCCCAGGCGCUUUCAAAACUUCGGAUCCUCGAGACUGAUACAUCCAAGCCCUUCCUCGGUCUAUCCCCAGCGGAGUAUGCUCAGCUCGCUUCGAAAACCACACACAUCAUCCACAAUGCCUGGCCCAUGAGCGGCAAACGGCCUGUUGAGGGCUUUGAGCCGCAGUUCCAGGUCAUGCGCAACCUUCUUGACUUGGCUAGUUAUGCCUACAGUGGCUCCAAGAUCCACUUUCAGUUGAUCUCCUCAAUCGCCACGGUCGGCCAUUAUCCUAUCCACACCGGCAAUCCUAACGUACCUGAAUCGCGACUACCUCUACAAUCCGUUUUGACCAAUGGGUACGGUCUCGCCAAGUUCAUCUGCGAGCGCAUGCUGGAUGAAACCCUUCACCGCUACCCGGACAUGUUCCAGCCCAUGGCCGUCCGUUUAGGGCAAGUAGCAGGGUCACGAGUCAGUGGAUACUGGAAUCCGCAGGAGUAUCUGCCUUUUCUUCUUAAAUCCUCACAGACGCUCGGGUGUCUCCCGGACUUGAAGGGAACUGUUUCGUGGACGCCUGUUGAGGACGUGGCGGCCACGUUGGGGGAUCUGCUCCUUUCGGGCGAAGGAGUGGAGAUGGCAAACAGAUAUCCGAUCUACCACAUCGAGAAUCCCAUCGGACAACCAUGGGAAGAUAUGAUCCCCUUGCUGGUUGAAGGUCUACGGUUCAACGCGGCAACAGCCCGCCUGAAGGAGGGGCAAGAUUCGAGGGCCAAGAAUGGAGUCGUCACUACCGUGCCCUUCGAAGAAUGGAUCCAUCGAGUCCGUACAUUCGCUGGACCAAGUGACGAGAACCCUGCCUCUUUGAUGGUCGACUUUCUGGAGGAGCACUUUCGUCGCAUGUCGUGCGGGGGUUUAAGGCUAGAAACAGUGCGGUGCCGUGAGCAUUCAGCCACGCUAGCAGGGGUGGGGCCUGUGGAUGUUGAGGUGGUGAGACGGUAUCUUCAAAGUUGGAAGAAGAUGGGAUUCUUGAGAUGAUUUCUUGACUCUAUAUUCAAGAGGGUGGAAUCUGUCAAAUUGUGUUUACUUUGCCUGUCUGCCUUGUUAGCGCUUAUGAGCGAGUACUGUCUUAUCUC